CGUGGAUCUGUCCCUGGGAGCUCAACCAAACCCUUUUUUUAUUUUUAUUUUUUUUAUUUAUAAUUUUAUUUUUGUUUGGAUAGAGAAUUACAAAUUGAGUAGGCCGCAGCCACUUUAGGACAUAAUGGGUGCCGGUGGGUUUCAUUUCAGCGCCGCCGUGGCCCUUCUUUUCCUAAAUUCAAUUGCGGCGGCGGCGGCGGCGGCGGUGAACGUGACGGGCAGCCUGCAGGGGUGCAACAUAUUCCGGGGGAAGUGGGUGUACGAUGCGUCGUAUCCACUCUACAAUUACGCCACGUGUCCCUUCAUCGACGACGAAUUUAACUGCCUCAAAUUCAAGAGGCCGGACCAGGCCUACCUUAAGUACAGGUGGCAGCCCUUCUCCUGCAACCUCCCCAGGUUUAAUGGGGUGGCGUUCUUGCAGAGGUUUAAGGGGAAGAAGAUCAUGUUUGUGGGUGACUCACUGAGUUUCAAUAUGUGGCAAUCAUUGGGGUGCAUGAUUCAUUCCUGGGUCCCCAGCUCCAGGACCUCCUUCACCAGACGGGAUGGACUCUCCGAGAUCGCCUUCCUGGAUUAUGACUUCCGGUUGCUGCUGUAUCGGACGCCAUACUUGGUGGACAUGGAGAAGCAGCAGAACGUGGGCACAGUUCUGAAGCUGGACUCCAUCCGAAGCGGCGACUCCUGGCUCGGAAUGGACAUGCUCAUCUUCAACACCUGGCACUGGUGGACUCACACCAAGGCUUCUCAAUCUCAGCCGUGGGAUUACAUCGAAGAAGGAGGCAAGCUCUACAAGGACAUGAACCGUCUGGUAGCAUUCUACAAAGGCCUAACGACGUGGGCAAGAUGGGUCAAUCGCAACGUCGAUCCUUCCAAAACCAAGGUCUUCUUCCAAGGGAUUUCCCCCACGCAUUAUCUAGGGAGGGAGUGGAACGAGCCGUCCAAGUCCUGCAAAGGGGAGAGUCAGCCGUACUUCGGAUUGAAGUAUCCGGCGGGGACUCCGAUGGCGGGCGUGGUGGUGGAGAAGGUGCUGAGCAGGAUUAAGAAGCCGGUGUACUUGCUGGACGUCACGCUGCUGUCGCAGUACAGGAAGGAUGGUCAUCCGACGUCUUACAGCAUCCACAACGGGCUCGACUGCAGCCAUUGGUGCCUCCCCGGAUUGCCGGAUACCUGGAAUUUGUUGCUCUAUACAGCACUAUUUUCCGGCUAGGAAUAGGAUACUUUUGGAUUGGAUUGUCCAUUUCUGUUUUGUGUUUUUUUGUGGGGAGAAGUGUUGAAUAAGAAGAACUAAUUGAUGAUCGAUGAUGUAUCGAUAGAUGAUUGUAUUCAAUUGUGUAGGAUGAAAGGCAGACAGAGAAAUUCAUUGUUUUUUAUAUAUAUAUUUAUAUUUAUAUGAA